AUGGUCAACUUCACAUGCCCCCUCAUCCCAGACAAGCCCUCCGAUCCGAAACCCUUCUUCGAAAACGGCAAUAUCGAUUUCAAAGCUCACGACGUCGGCUGGCUCAUCUGCGGUAUCAUGACUCUUAUCGCCACCAUAUCCUCUAUGUGGCUCAUAUGGAAGCAUCUCACCUACUACACCUGUCCUCAACAACAGCGUCAUAUCGUCCGCCUACUCAUCAUGGUUCCCAUCUACGCCAUCAUCUCGUUCAUGUCCUACCUCUUCUACCAUGAAGCGCUCUACUACCAAACCAUUCGCGACUGCUACGAAGCCGUCCUCGUCACUUCAUUCUUCUACCUCAUCCUCGCCUACACUGGUGACACGCCUGCCGAACAGCAUGCAGUGUUCCGCAACGUCGAAAUCAAGGAUCGCUUCUGGGUCUGGCCGCUGGCUUCGUGGAAGUACAAGCCGGAAGGGCUACACUUUUUGUGGCUCAUGAAGAUCUGCGUUUUGCAGUACGCCAUCUUCCGACCGCUCUGCACUUUUCUUGCUGUCGGCACAGAGUAUUUUGGAUAUUACUGUUUGCAUAGCUGGAUGCCCUGGUUUACACACGUCUGGUGUGCGCUCAUCAUCAGCAUCUCCGUCACUGUGGCUGUGUACUGUCUCAUUCAGUUGUACAUCCCCGUUCGCAAGCUCGUUGAUCCUUACAAACCCAUCCUCAAGUUCAUCGCCAUCAAGACAAUCGUCUUUCUCACCUUCUGGCAAGACACUCUCCUCUCCUUCCUUGUCAGCUUCAACGUCAUCAAACAAACCGAGUACUUCACCGGCGAACAGAUUCAAGCUGGAAUCAACGCUCUCUUGCAAUGCUUUUGGAUGAUGCUUUUCGGCUUUAUCCACAUCAAGGCAUUUAGCUAUCUUCCAUACCGACCCGAGGAUCGCUCACGAACGACCUUGCGUGGUAAAGCAAUGCUCGACUCGCUAGAUUUCAGAGAUUGGUUCUUUGAGAUGAAAGAAAGCACGCGAUACAUGGCUGCUCGUAGCAAAGGUCGGAAUUACACUCUUGCCGAAGACCUACGUGCUAAGCGUCACCAACAUCUACUCAACGCCCUGGGCAAGGAGAGAAGCGCAAAUCUGGAUGCCCAAGUGGAUAUGGAGAAAGCCAACAUGCCUACCUUUUGGAAGAAUCCCGAAGAUGCGCAGUUCUGGACGCCAGCUGACCAGUCUGAUUCCCCAUACGCGAGUAGCCAGGAUGCAAAGUCUUCCUCACGCCCGAGCAACACGAGGAACGAUGCUUAUACCUCUCUUCCCAACCCACUAGGCCGCGGUAGAUCUGCGAGACAAGCAAGCAAGACGUACGCCGACAAAUCAGGAACAACAGCUUCACGCGACUCGCACGCUGCACGAGCAGCAGAGCUGCAAAGUCUCGUUGCUGAACUCGACCUACAGCAUGUCGAUCAGUCUAUCGUUGGUGCUCAAGACCACGACUAUGGAUACCAGGAUGAAAAGUACGAGCGAGCAGGCUUGAUGCCCAGUGAACCAAGUUCGAGUAGAUUCAACGGAAAGAAGGAGGUCGAGACGACAGAAGAGGAGCUGCAUCCGGAACUGACGCAGUACCACACACCGACGGUCCAGCUUGCUAAUGUUCCUUCGCUCAGUUACGACCACGAUUUAGCUUCGAGUUCAGGCUUGGGAGGAGGCAAGAGGAGGGGCAAGGAUCUCAGUGCGGUAGCCGAGGAGGAGGAUGAAGCAGCGGCGGCGGGGCAGGGUCGUGUAGCUCCUGGUGUGGGUGCGUUUGGUAUUGCUGCUUGGCUUGGAUGGAAUAGUCAACCUCAGCAACAACCUACUCAUGCGGCAGCGGAAAGAGAAUAUUUCCUCCACCCCGGCGGCUCCUACGGCGCCAGAGUUGCAGCACAUACCCCUGACGCUGAGGGCACAGGCUGGUGGCGAAACUACUGGGACCGAGUCUCCAACCCUGGCAGUCGCGAACCAUCCAUCGUCGGAAUCGAAGAGGACGAAAAGCAACCUCUCACUACCGAGCGUCCAGCAGUCAUGCGUCAAGUCACUGCCGCAUCUUGGAGUAUCGAACACCAACCCCACAACCACCACCACCACCAACAACGACCGCUUCCGCUUCCACAACCACCAGCACUCAAGAUCAACACCCACUCUGCUGAGCGAAAAGGCGGCGAAGCAAGUGUCGAUAGCACCACUUCCCCAUCCUCCUCCUCCUCCCUCAUUAGUCCGCAUGUCAAUUCUCCGCUCUCGAGACUGAUCCAGACUUCUCGACACUCGUUCAGUUCGCCGAACCGGGAUGAGAUCAGGGAGCAGUCGCUUGCGGCAAAUUCCCCUGCAAAACCUGCUGUUCCAGUUUCCAAACCAAGAUCGCCGAAAGUGAUUGUCGCACCUAUCGCAACAAGACCGAUGCUGGCAGCGAGGAACGCAUCCAUCGCUCCUUCAUCGAACCAAGCUAGCCUCAGUCGUGUCGCCUCCACCACCACCAAUACCAACACCGCUCGUAGGUCCGUUCCCGCUACCGCAUCGAACAACGAUUCCGCCGCUAGACAGAUGGCAAACGAAAUACUUAGUUCGGUGGAUAACGAAAGUGGGAAAAAGCAUCCAAUUAAGUACGCUGAUGCCCUCUUACCACCGCAUGAGGCUCUCGAGGAGGAACUGUUGGAGGAAGGGAAGGUGGGAUGGAAAAAGCUCGCCCCUGCUGUAGGUCCGAAGGGGAAGUUGGUGAACUUGGUAUUGCCGAAUCCGUUAUCGCCUGCUAGGUUUCCUUAUGGUCAGGAAGGGCCUGCUCCUCCUUCUAAUUCUGCCCCAGAAAAGGAAGUUGCCGCUCCUGUGAGCAGGAGAGAGCCAAGCAAUGGUGGAGGUACGCUGAAAUGGGCCAACCAGCAACCGAGACCACUAAAACCCAAAGAAGAGCCUCUUUCCCUCCCCGAUGUGAAAGCAAAGUUGCCCGAAGGAAAAGGUUUGAUCACGGUCGGAGGAAUGUCAUUGGCCCAGCAUAAAGCGCAGGCUCAGAUGGAAGCUCAUCAACGCUCAUCCUCCUCCUCCGCCAACCCUACUUCUACUACACCAAAUGCUUCAACCCCACCCAAAUCGAUCCUCACCUCUAAACCAGUGGGUGAAGGGAAAUUGUUGCUGCCGGCUCCAUCGAAACUUGCCACCACCGAAGCCGAAGAUCCCUAUCGUGCUACCUCAACCCACAUCCGUCCCAGAACCAAUCCCAAACCCAGAGCACCAGAAAGGGUGAGAGAGGGGGGAAGCGUAACAACUUCAGCCGAGACCAAGACUUCAAUGACGACGGCUUUCCAAGUUGGGAGUAUAGUCCCCACAUCAGUCGUGCCGUUUGUUGCGCUAGGUAGUGCGUCGGGCGGUGGGUUGGGCGGCUACUAUGAUUCGAUUCGAUCCCAACAUGGGCAGAGGGGGAUAAGUGGAGCGGCUGGUGGACGAGCAAGUUUUAUUCAAGCAUCGGAGAGGCAUUGUUAUGUGCCAAGUUUGAGUGGGGUACGACCUGCGAUGUUGCCUCCUCAUCCAGCUCAUCAACCACAACAGCAGUAUCCAUAUGCACCUGGGCCGCAACAGCGGGGUCAAGGGAAUGAAUACUUGCCUCCGCAUUUACGUCAGCCUCAGCAACAGCAGCAGUACGGACCACCAUCAGUCAACGGUUCUCGGUUCCAACCUCACCCUCAACCACAGCCUUACCCCUCGCAACAGCAACUUCGAUACUCCCACCCUCAUCCACAACAGCCUCAACAACAGAGGGAUUAUGAUGGACAUGAUUCCUCACCACGCCAAUCCCAUCGAGGACAAGGGCAGGGGCAAGGAAGGAGCCAGUUUCAGUAUGAGUAUUAUCGAGACUGA